CGGUAGAUUUGAGUUUGGAAUGUAAAUGUUGUAUGUGUUGUUUUUGAUAUUUGUGAUGUUUUGAAUAUUAUCGUGAGUUGUCAGAAACUGAUGUUUAUUUGUGUUGUACACGGUGCCGUCUAUAGAACUGUAUAAAAUGACUCAAGAAGAUCCAACUUUAGAACGUCAUUUCAGAGGCCAUCGCGGCGGAGUUACCGCGCUGUCAUUUAAUCCUAAUAGUAAACAGAUUGUUUCGAGUAGUCUCGAUUCAUAUUUAAUGCUAUGGAGUUUUUCAGACGGUGUGAGAGCUUUCAGGUUUAUUGCCCACAAAAAUGCAGUGACAGACGUCAAAUUUUCUCCCACUGCGCGUUUGAUGGCAUCUGUCUCCCGUGAUAGGACAGUACGUUUGUGGGUCCCGUCCCUGCAGGGAGAAACAGCUGCUAUUCAAGCACAUUCAGGUGUAGUGCGUUCUGUCGAUUUCUCACCUGAGGGAGGAAAAUUUCUUACAGCUUCUGAUGAUAAAAGUGCUAAACUAUGGGCAGUUCCGAGGAGAAAGUUUAUUACAAGCUUCACUGGCCAUACACACUGGGUGCGCUGCGCAAGAUUUUCUCCGGAUGGAAAAACUGUAGCUACAUGCUCGGAUGAUAAGACGGCGAGAUUGUUUGAUAUUGACAGCGGACAGAAUAUUAAGGUGUUUCCUGAGCUGGGUGAUUCGGGAUUGAACAUAGAAUUUCAUCCCUCAGGAAUGUAUUUUGCUGUUGGACUCACAAAUAGUGGUGUGAAACUGUAUGAUAUACGAACAUACAAGCUUCUACAGAAUUAUAAAUGUCACUCUGGAGCUGUCAACAAACUGGCUUUUCAUCCAAAUGGGAACUAUAUUCUUACUGCUUCUGCAGAUUCCACGAUGAUGGUGCUUGACUUAUUAGAAGGUCGGCCAGCAUACACACUUCAGGGCCAUGAAGGAGCUGUGACAGCUGUCACAUUUUCUGCAACUGGAGAAUAUUUUGCAUCUGGUGGACAGGACUGCCAAGUUUUAGUGUGGAAGACUAACUUUGACAAAGAAGAAGUCCUCCGAGAAAAUCUGAAGCAUUCUUCUCAUUCAUCAAUAAAAGAAUCAUCAACAGCAUUCAAUGAUCCAAUAAAAUUUUCUGCAGUUGAUGCCCGGAAGAGUGUUCGUCAAAAUGUGGGGCCAGACGUUCCUGUGAGCACAGUACGAUCAACAAGGUCAACAAGGUGCAACAAUGCUAAUGGUGAUGGAGACGGAGAGUAUGCUCAUAUAAAUGAUAAUUGGUCAGAAACAGCCACGGUUGCAUCUAAAAUCUACAGUGACAAUCCAAAAGAAUCUGAAUGCAAGAGUAUGGAUACAACUAUAGUAAACACACUGGAACGUCUAUGCGACCAGAUAGAUGCUUUGCGUUCAGCAGUUGAGUGCAUGGAAGAAAGACUCACUAAUGUUGAGGAUCGGCUGCGUGAUGUUGUGGAUAAAAUGAGUCCUACACAUGAAACAAGUCUGAAGAAGGAAAAUUCACGCAACAGUGUUGUCUUCCUCGAUUAAUUUUAUGAGCUGAUAAAUUUACUUUAUUUGCUUUCUGUACUGCACUUGGCUGUGUCACGUCAUUUUUUUUGAGGUUAUGUUAAUUGUGUAUGUUAAUUUCACUUGAGUUUUUUUUUAACUUUCACUAAUGUGAUUUUAUGAGAGAAACAGAACUGAAUAAUUUUUACUGUUCAGGGUGAAAACUUAUUAUAAAGGCAAGGGUUUUACUACUCCCUGUAAUCAUGUUUGGUUGUGUAAUUAUUAUUAUUUAUUCAUGAAUUUUAAAUAUUCUUUCAAAGCCAAAGCUAUUAUUUUUAAUUCCAGCAAAGCUGGAAAUUUGAUCUUAACAGAAACAUUAAAGAGAACAAAAAUGUCA